CUUAAGCUCAGCGUUGUCUGAUCUCUGCAAGAAAACAAUGGGGGGCAAAGAUUUCACUUCACCAUUUUCAUUCCUCUUACUCUUCUUACUCUCUCUUUCUCUCUUUUUGCAUGCAAAAGCUUUUGAUGAGGAUGUCUCGGGCGUGGGGGCCGGGCCUCUGGUGAAGAAAGAUGAAAGGAGAUCCCUCGUUGCGACAGAGUACGGAGAGAUCUCAUCCACUGAAAUUAUUGAUGGAAUGGGAGCGCUCUACCACCUUCAGUUCCUUACGUUGGAGCCCAACUCCCUCUUUCUUCCUGUACUCCUCCAUGCAGACAUGGUCUUUUUUGUCAACACAGGAAGUGGGAGGCUGAGUUGGGUUGUGGAUCAGGAUGAGAUGAGGAGGGUGAAUGUACGUCGAGGAGAUAUCUACAGGCUCGGGGCAGGCUCUAUCUUCUAUGUACAGAGCAGCUUAGCGCCUGAGCGGCAGAAGCUUAGGAUAUAUGCAAUCUUUGCCAAUAUAGAGGAGUCGCCAUAUGAGCAAUCGAUUGGAGCAUACUCGAGCAUUAACAACCUGGUCCGAGGCUUUGAUAAGAAAGUCCUUCAAGCAGCUUUUAAGGUACCUGAGGAUCUGAUUGAAGCAAUAACAGAAGGAACCAAGGCACCAGCCAUAGUGCAUGCGGUGCCGACAAAGGAAACAACCUUGUGGGAAUUGGAGGCACGGUUCCUGAAAGUCUUACUGGGCGACACAGGCGGCAUGGUAUUCAGCAAGAAAACAAGAACCUUUAACAUUAUUGAUGCAGACCCAGAUAUCAAAAAUUGUUACGGGCGAAGCACAACAGUGACCAGGAAAAAUUUCGAUUUGUUGAAGGGUUCCAAUAUUGGUCUUUUCCUGGUGAAUUUGACAAAGGGGUCGAUGAUGGGGCCCCAUUGGAAUCCAAUGGCAACGGAGAUAGCAAUAGUGUUGCAAGGGCAAGGGAUGGUUCGCGCGGUAUGCUCUAGCAGUGCAAAUGAAUCAGAGUGCAAAAAUAUGAGGUUUAUGGUGAUGGAAGGAGAUGUUUUUAGUGUGCCUAGGUUCCAUCCCAUGGCUCAGAUGUCUUUCAACAAUGACUCGUUUGUUUUCAUGGGAUUCAGCACAACAAGGAGGAGAAACCAUCCUCAAUUUCUGGCAGGAAAGAGAUCGGUUCUUCAAACUUUGGACAAGGAAGUCUUGGCUGUCUCCUUCAAUGUCACUAACACUACGAUUGAUCAGCUUUUGUCUAAGCAGGCUGACUCAAUCUUGCUAGAAUGUACUUCUUGUGCUGAGGAAGAACGGAGGAUAAUGGAGGAAGAAACUGAGAGAGAAAAGGAGGAAGAGGAAGCUAGGAAGAGAGAGGAGGAAGAGAAAGAGAAAGAAAAGGAGGAAGAGGAAGCUAGGAAGAGAGAGGAGGAAGAGAAAGAGAAAGAGAGAGAAGAGGUGGACAAGAGGAGGGAGGAAGAAGAGGCAGAGAGGGAGCGUGAAGAAGAAGCCAGGAGGAAAGAAGAAGAAGCUAGGAGGAGAAAGGAAGAGGAGGAGAGGAGGGAGGAAGAAGAAGCCAGAAAGAGAGAGGAGGAAGCAAAGAGGGAGGAAGAAGAAGCUAGGAGGCAAGAAGAAGAAGAAGAAGAAGAAGAAGAAGCCAGAGAAGAGGAAGCAGAAAGGGAGCAAGAAGAAGCCAGGAGGAGCGAAGAAGAUAGGAGGAGACGAGAAGAGGAAGAGAAACAGAGACGAGAAGAAGAGAGGGAACAAGAAGAGGCAAGGAGACAGGAAGAGGAAGCAGAAAGGAGACGAGAAGAAGCCAAGAGGGAGGAAGAAGAGGCCCGGAGACAAGAAGAAGAAAGGAGGAGACAGGAAGAAGAAGAAGCAAGAAGAGAGAGGGGAGAAGAAGAACCUGCUGGAAGACAAUCUGAAGAGGACUGGAGAGAGGAACAAGAGGGUCAGGAUGAGAAAGCUAGGAGCGAAGAGCAAGAGGAGGAAGGCAGUAGUGAAGAGGGAAGAAGAGCUCUGAGGAUUGGAGAAUUUAAUGCCUAUCUCCCCAAUAAGAUUGGGUAGUUUUCACUUUUCAUCAAUUUGGAUGAUGCGCAUGUGAAUAAAAAAGCCUUUCCGUGUAUUCCAUGUUGUCUUUUGACGGUUUUUUGGUAUAAUAAGCUCUGUGAUCCAUGUUCAUGACUCUAAUGGUUGAGAGGUUAAUUAUCUUCUGCCUCACCCCUCUUUGGUAAAAAUGGGUACGAAUUCCUGCAUGGUUGAUUGAGAAUAAAUCUUGUGAUCG